GACAACUCGAUACUGCCAACACGGUGUCCCUGAACAUUAAUUCCCCCUUCUAGUGCUUGUAACAAUUUAGUCUAGCGCCAUCCGCGACAAAUUUAUUUUAGUAUUAUAAAAGAAAUACAUCGCCGAAAGGAUUAAUUGAAAUGUCUCUUUCGGCCACCAUGAUGAGCCGCUUGUCAUUGCUGGGUAGGUUUUCAAGCCUUCCAGUAAGGACCUUGCCAGCGGCUUGCUCCCAGACACAGCCAUUCAGAUGUCUUCAUGAACACAAAGAUGCGUCAACACAAACACAGUCACAAUGCACAAGUGUGGUACCAUACAGGCAUCAGAGUACAUCGGCAGCUCCAGCCAAGAAAGGUGGAAUCAACCUUAACAAUGCAGCAGACUUUGUCGUUGCUAAAGCUGAUGAUGUCAUCAACUGGGCAAGAAGGAGUUCACUGUGGCCCAUGACCUUUGGACUUGCCUGCUGUGCUGUGGAGAUGAUGCAUUUCGCUGCUCCCCGUUACGACAUGGACAGGUUUGGUGUGGUAUUCCGAGCCAGUCCUCGCCAGUCUGACGUGAUGAUCGUUGCCGGUACCCUGACCAAUAAGAUGGCUCCGGCUCUUAGGAAGGUGUACGAUCAGAUGCCCGAACCAAGAUGGGUUAUCUCAAUGGGAAGCUGUGCAAAUGGAGGUGGUUACUACCAUUAUUCUUAUGCUGUUGUCAGGGGUUGUGACAGGAUUGUUCCGGUUGAUAUCUACGUCCCAGGUUGCCCGCCCACAGCCGAGGCUCUUCUCUAUGGUGUCCUCCAACUACAGAAGAAAAUCAAACGAGCCAAGAAUAUCACAAUGUGGUAUAGGAAGUAAAAACCUGUACCCUUCUUUCAGUGUGGAAGAAUUUUUAAUAAGUGUUUCCUAUUAUGUAUCAAUUCAUUGUACAGAAAUUUAAGAAUUGCAUCCCAGAUUGAAAGAAAAGUAUUCCCCUUUUGUUAUCAUAGUUGAUCUAUUUAUACAUAGAUAUAUCAUUAAUCAGUCACAAAGUGAAUUCUUCCAAAAGUUUUCUUUGAUUUAGGGGCUUGUUCUUUUGUUGAAUAAUAUUCUGCUACAUUGAAGUUUAUCCUUUUUGCCAUUGAAUGAAAUAUCCUGUAUUAAUUUUCCAUUCAAAACGUAAUGUUUGGACACACUUUUGAAACAAGCGACAGGUUUAUCAUCACAUAUAAUUCCCUUUUUUGGUCAGAUGGGAAAUGCCCCUGAAAAACAACUUUCUACUUAUAAAACUAGUAAUAUUCGGCUAUUUAAAUCUUUUCUGUUUUUUUUUUCAAUUGGACUCAAAGAGUAUCAUCAAUUAGACUGAUGACCAGAGGAAAGUUUCUAAAUAAAUGAAAAUUAAGUCAUUAACUUUUUUUGUUUAAUAAUGACUACGGUAUAUCCCCCAAUGAAACCUUACUCAUUUCUGUGCAAGAUAACAUGAAUCUUGUCCAAGUAAUGAUCACUGAAUGGGAAGAAUUUAGAUGGCAAAUAGUGUUUCUGGAAACACAUAUAUUGUAUAAAUAAAUCUGGUUUCAAUGUGAA